CCCUCCCUCCCCUCCCUCCCUCUGGAGCAUCCCAGCUCCCUGCUGCCCAGCUCCGGUGCCAGGGCCUCCCCCCGCCGGCCAGGAUCCCGUGCCUGGCCCUCUCCUCCGCGCUCGGUGCCGCUCUCCCGGGCCCUCCCCUGCUGCCCCCCAAGCCCCGGGCUGGAAGACGCAGGGCAGCCUGGAAGGGGGCUCCGGCCAUGGAGGGAGGCGGAGGAGGAAGAGGAGGCGGCGGAGGAGGCGAGGGAGGCGAGGGCGGAGAGGCCGGAGGGGGGUCGAGCCGGGCGCCCCCCAAGGAGGAGGAGCAGGACCCCGCCAAGGAGCCCAACCCUUUCAUCCAUGACCUGCGGAUGAGCCGGCUGCAGAGGGCCAAGUUCUAUGUGCUUGGGAUCAUCCUGGCCCCAAUCCGUGUCGCUUUGGCCUUUGUGGUCCUCUUCCUCAUCUGGCCCUUUGCACUACUCCAAGUGGUGGGACUUCCGGAGGAGACGUUGCAGGAGCCAUUCUCCGGAUGGAGAAACACAGUUUCCCACAGUUUGGUCUACUUGCUGAGCCGGUUGAUGUUCUUCCUGCUCGGUUUCAUGCGGAUACGGGUACGAGGACAGAUGGCAUCACGGCUUGAGGCCCCAGUCCUGGUGGCAGCACCUCACUCGACCUUCUUUGACCCGAUCAUCUUGCUGCCCUGUGAUCUUCCCAAAGUGGUGUCUCGCACUGAGAAUCUCCAUGUGCCAGUCAUUGGAGCCCUGCUGAGGUUCAACCAAGCCAUCCUGGUCUCCCGCCAUGAUCCAGCCUCUCGCAAGAAGGUAGUGGAAGAAGUGAAGAAACGAGCCACUUCUCAAGGAAAAUGGCCGCAGGUUCUGUUUUUCCCAGAGGGGACCUGCUCAAACAAAAAAGCCUUAUUGAAGUUUAAACCAGGUGCCUUCAUAUCUGGUGUCCCCAUCCAGCCCAUUCUUAUUCGGUACCCCAACUCUCUGGAUUCAACAACCUGGGCAUGGAGAGGACCUGGAGUGUUGAAAGUCAUCUGGUUAACUGCAUCUCAACCAUGCACAACUGUGGAAGUGGAGUUCCUUCCAGUUUAUCAUCCCAGUGCUGAAGAGGCUGUGAACCCAGCGCUAUAUGCCAACAACGUCCAGAAAGUGAUGGCCAAGGCCCUGGGGAUCCCUGCCACUGAAUGUGAGUUUUUGGGCAACCUUCCGGUCACUGUAGUAGGGCGUUUGAGGGUGGCGCUGGAACCACGGAUCUGGGAACUGGGCAAGGCCCUCCGAAAGGCUAGAUUCCUAACAGGAGGAGCCAAAGGUCAGCUUGACCCGCUUCCUGAUGGCACAUUAGGAAAGCUCAAGCCAGCAGAGUUGGCUCAAUGUUUGGGUCUGACGUGCCCCGAGGCUGUGGAAGGACUCAGUACUUAUUUCCAACAGGAUUCUGAAGGUAACAUGGAUUAUCGGGAAGUGGCCCUCGCACUGGAGGUACUCGAGGGAGAGCAUGACCCACACACAUUGACACGUCAUGCAUUUGAGUUAUUUUCAGAGAUGAAUGCUGGGACAGGGGACCACAGGCUGUGCCAGGACAGUUUCUGCACCAUUUUGAGGCUUUUUUUCGGCACACCGGCUACGGAUGGGGCUGAACUCUAUAGCCGGCUGAGCGCUGAGGAGAGCAGCCAGAAAGAACUGGCUCUUGACAAGUUCCAGGAUUUCUCCCUCCGCCACCCGGAGUAUGCCCGCCUGUUCAGCACGUACCUGCGCCCCCCUGCGGCCUGCACGCUGCCCAAGCCUGGCCUUCCGCCCACCUGUGCUAAUGGCUCUCCUGCUGCCCCCCUCAAGAACAAAGCCGACUGAAACUCUCCAAACUCUUUAGCCAUGUGUAUAAACACACAAGAACACACACACACAAAGAGCCAUGCCACGCUCUUGGCCACGCAAGACCCGGCCCCUCCCGCUUGCUUGUUUGCUCCCAGCUGCCGUGGUGGUUAGGCAGAGGGGGGCAGAGAUACCCCCCCAUCUCAGGGCAACCGUAACUGGGGAAUCACCGCCGCAAGUUUGUUAGGGGAUUGGGGCUUCUCUCUGUUUCCUUUGGAAAGUUUUUAUUUUUGUUAUGGUUUAAUUAUAUCACUUAUUUUAUGUUGUGUUUUUAUUUUUUCAUUUUUGUUAGGGGACGAAAGACGGAAGGACGAGAUCAAUGUGGCUUUUUGUUUUGUUUUUCUGUUUUGUAAAGUAUAUAUAAAAAGUGCUAUUUUAUAUAUUAAAUAAAUAUCUAUAUCUCUAUAAUUAUAAAAAAAGAAAUAUGUAUGAAGUUUUAAAAGA